AUGCAUCUGACAGUGAAAAUAUUAAACGGGGAAGAAUGUACAUUAGCGGCUUCACCCAGCAGUCUUGUGAGCGAUGUCAAAGAGCAGGUGCAGGCUCUAUUGUCUAUACCAGUGGCAGAUCAGAAAUUGCUUUUCAAGGGCAAAGCACUCUUAGAUGCCAAGCCUCUGAAAGACUACGGUGUUGAAGACAGUUGUAAAAUCACACUUGUUGUAAAGAAGUCAACGUUGAAGACUUUAGACUCCUCUAACCCAACAUCACCACAAGUGCCUAGCCCGACAGAGCCCGAGAGGCCUGUGUGGGAAAAAAUGAGGGUAUUUUUACGAAGACACUUCAGGGAACGGGAUGUAGAAGCUGUCCUGCAGGAGUUUAAAAAGGAAUUUGAGCGAAACCUUUACAGUCUAAGUCUGGAUGACAUAGAAAGAUUUGCUAUCACAAAGCUACGCCAAGCGUGA